ACACGCGCAUCGAUUCUUCUAACACGGAGCGAACCGGAGGGCAUCACUUUACCCUAUCUCUUGAAGCGCGUUCACGUUUUCAACACAGAACGUGCACGUGUUUGUUCUUCAGAGACCGAAAAAGAUGACGAGCUUCAUUUCGCGCGAUACAUUGAUAAAUGUAAAUAAUGUUUGUUUUAAAAACUGAUGAAAAUUCUGACUGUUGCUCUGAUGCUUACGUGGACGAUGGGUUUUAUUUGUGUUGCCAGCGUUAAAUAAGCCGUUGCAAUAAAUAACCAUAAAAAUAUAAACUUUGGGGGGAAUGGGCAGUGCUGCAAUGGAUCCUAAGAAUAAAGAUGAGAAGAACAUUUUAAGGAAGAAGAGGACGCUGAGGAUAAAUAUGCCGGAUUUGAGCUCCUUCUCAAUGCCGUUCCUGGAAGGAGAUGCCGAACUUUCAAACAAGGAUGGCAUGCGCAAGGGAGAGCUCAGCUGUCGAUCAGCCAGCCCAACCAAAAGCUUCUUCAGCCGGAGUCCUUUUAGCCGACCUUCUAGCCCCAUGUCUGCCCCGGCCCGGACCAGAAACAGCCCCGGAUCCCCUAAAUCCAUCUUCCCCUACCCUUCCAACCACGACGCCUCUCCCAAAUGUACACAUCGCCGCAGCUUCACCGGAAUGUUCCGUUCAUCAUCCAAGGACUCCACGAAUCCCUCCACCUCUCCUGUCAGUAUCAAACUCUUCUCGCGCACCAGGAAAGGGUCUGGGAUCUCCUCAUCACCCACCACUCCAACACAAUUGACCAAGCAGACUCCGUCAUUUCUCGUGGAAGUCGGUCAACAUGACACAGUGCACCGUUCCUUAUCCUCACCCCUUGAUACCAGACAGCACCAGAUCCCCCCUUUCGCAAAACCACCACCAGGUUCCUGCUCGGCACCUAUAUCUACCUCACGAGUGGUUCGCGGUUUAUCUGAAGACAUGCUGGAGAAACUCGAUCUCGAGGAUGAAGCGGUUGAUCAGUCCGAGAGUGACAUUUACAUGCGUUUUAUGAAGUCACAUAAGUGCUAUGACAUCGUUCCUACCAGCUCCAAGCUUGUGGUCUUUGACACAACUUUGCAGGUUAAAAAGGCAUUUUUUGCCUUGGUGGCCAAUGGAGUACGAGCCGCCCCCCUUUGGGAGACCAAAAAACAGAGUUUCGUUGGCAUGUUAACCAUCACAGACUUCAUCAAUAUUCUUCACAGAUACUACAAAUCACCGGUGGUACAAAUUUAUGAGCUUGAGGAGCACAAGAUUGAGACGUGGAGAGAGCUUUAUCUACAAGAAACAUUUAAACCUUUAGUGAACAUAUUUCCGGAUGCAAGCAUCUUUGAUGCUGUGUAUUCACUGAUCAAAAACAAGAUCCACCGGCUGCCCGUCAUCGACCCUGUCAGUGGGAAUGCACUUUACAUUUUGACACACAAGAGAAUCCUUAAAUUCCUCCAGCUGUUUGUGUGUGAGAUGCCAAAGCCGGCUUUUAUGAAGCAGACACUUGAAGAGCUGAGCAUCGGGACCUACUGCAACAUUGCCUUUAUUCACCCUGACACGCCAAUCAUCAAAGCGCUCAACAUCUUUGUGGAGAGAAGGGUGUCUGCACUGCCCGUGGUGGAUGAGUCAGGAAAAGUUGUAGAUAUUUAUUCCAAAUUUGAUGUCAUUAAUCUUGCUGCUGAAAAGACGUACAACAAUCUGGACAUCAGUGUGACCCAGGCACUCAUGCACAGGUCACAGUAUUUUGAAGGGGUCAUGAAGUGCAACAGAUUCGAAACGCUGGAGAUGAUAGUAGAUCGGAUAGUGAAGGCAGAGGUGCACAGACUGGUGGUGGUGGACGAGAACUGCAGCAUUGUGGGAAUCGUCUCUUUGUCAGAUAUCCUUCAGGCACUUGUGCUCAACCCUGCAGGUAUAAAUGCCCAGCAUCCUUAAAGCUCAUUUCCUUCAGGAUUCUUCACCUUCUCGCCCGUACCACAGAGCCAGACGUAUGUUUUGAAUCAAAUGGGCUAUAGACAUAACAUGGCCUGCGUGUGCGUGCACGCCCACAUUUCACCGCCUAUGAUUUUGAUGAAUGGGACACUUGAGACACUUGCCGUGCAUCAAAGCCCCUCCCGAUACAGGACUGUGUCUGCUGACGCAUGCCGUCCUUCAGCUACACACAUGGUGUCCUCUCAGUACUUUAGCACACACAUAUAAAUAUGCAGACACAAGCACAUCUCAGAGGAGUUCUGCUUUACAGUUGAUAAUACAGGAAGACGACAUUUACAUUAUAUUUAUGCAUUUGGCAGAUGCUUUUAUCUACAGUGACACUGAGAUAAACAUUUCCCUGUGAUUUUGAGCCCUGACCCCUGCACUAACCAUUUACUGCCAUCUAUUAAUGCACCUAAAGGUUUGACAGAUUUCCAAACCAUAGACAGAUAGUUGGAUAUGAGACACUGUCUCGUCUUUGCAGUAAACACAUUUGAGAGGUUACUGUGUGCUGUGUCUGGCUGUGAAUUUAUAACACUGAAUACGAAUCGCUUCUCAGAAAUUGUGUUAUGAAUUUUAAGUAGCAGAUGUGAUGCUACUAAUAUUGCAAAUUGUAUGCAUAGAUCAAAAGACAUUUGGCUCUGAGCUGGACCUUUAAUGGUUUAAUGCAUGAGGCUGUUUUGGAGGUCUUGCUUAAUGCAGAAAGUUCCUAUGUACAGUUGGGAAUUGCAGUGUUAUGUUUUUGGGCAUUUCAUGUUUUGGUCUAAUAAUUCUUCCAAAGGUAGCAAUAGUUUUAAAUCCAGUCAAAAAUAAAUCAAUGAUGAACAUUAACAGAAGGUAUAUUAAAGGGAUGGUUCAUCUAGAAAUGAGAAUUCUUCAUCAUUUAUUCACCUAUUAUACACCUUCAUGUCAUUACGUUAUAUGACAUUUAUUUAUUUUGAAGAACUUACUCUGGACCCCUUUUACCCCUUUUAUUGUAUGGACACAAAACCACAGAGCCAUUUCUUAAAAUAUCUUCUUUUAUGUUCUGUAGAAGUAAGUCAUACAGGUUUGUAAUGACAUGAGGGUAAGUUAAUGAUUGGGUGAACUUGAUAAGUAUUAAACCUUGCAGAAAGGUACAUUCACAAUUCUGUCCCCCUUUGUUUUGGGUAAACCUGCCCACUAGUGGUUAUAAGCAGUACUGCGUUCAAAAAGUGACCACACCUCUAUUAUCUUUGCACAUUUGCAGGUAUGACCAGGAAGGACAGUAAAGCAGAGGCCGAGUGAUGUUUGCCAGGAUGUUCGUGUCAAGUGACGUCGCUGUCAGAGACUUGAGUAGGAGUUAAUGGAGGCACAUUGGAAGUCUUUGGACGUGUGGGCCACAUUAACAGAUUCAAGAGCGGAACCAGAAAGCAGGGGUGUGACCUAAAUGUGUGCUGUUGGAGGGCGAGGGAAGGGUGGAUAGUUGGAGAUAAUGGAUGGACACAGUGACAAUGGAGGGCAGUGGAUCAUCUCUCGUUCAGAAGGAUACUGUGAAUUCCGCCUUGUGUAUCACACUAAGCUUCUGCACGCACACUAUGAUAAAGUAUACUUUAGCUAGACCUACAACUACGCCAUCUGGUGUCUGAACGGGGCCUGCGGAUGAGCUGGACCGGAUCAGAUUAUGGGCUAUACCAUAAUGGCCUCUACGGGGAGGGGGAUGUGUUGGGGUUUAUUUAGUAAUAAUCGCAGUAUUCGGAGCAUGUUACAACUGUUUAUUCCUCAUUUAUAAAACAAAUUUUGUCUUGUGGCAUAUGAGCCCAGCUUUCCUGUAUUUUUAAGUUUGAACAUCACGCCCCCCAAACCUCACAACACCCCUCUAAAUGCAGACAGAAAUGGUUUCCUAUCUGUCUAUGGUGCCUUCUGUCUUUCAGUUGUCGCACACUACUGGUUGCCAAUAGAACAAGGGGUAUAACUGAAUGUUUUAAACAUGUCAAAAUGAAUGUUGGAGGUGUUCAAAACCAAAUGACCCUCCCCUUUUGGCUGUUUAUUUUGGAGUUAUUUAUUUAUUGCAGAGCGCAAAAUUCCUUCACUUGGAUUUAAGUUUGGGUGUUCAUAAUUGUUGGUGUAAUGGAAAUUAUGCUGUAAAUGAUGAUUGAAACGUUAUUUAUUAAUAUUUAACACUUAAAAUGAGUAUUUAUGAGUAAGGUGGAAAGAACUAUCAAGUCCCUAUGCAGUAAAACCAUGUGCUGAUCAAUGACUUGAUGUUUAAUGCAAUUCAAGUUUAAAAUCCCACUUUUCUUUCUGUCUUUCUUUUUCUUAGUAUCGACUGUACUGUACACACACAUGAAACUUUGUUUGAGGAAACUAUAAGUGCCAGAGAAAGGUCUGUUUUUCUGUGUAGUCAACGUUGUUUGUAAUGCGUAUGGUUUUAUUUUGGUUCUUGUCAUUUGUUUUGCAGAUUUGUUGUUGACACAUCAUGACCGUUAUGUCUAUAUAUAAAUGCACAAAACUGCCAUAAGAAUGCUAAUGGAUAAUCGUGCUAAAGUUUUUUAUUUAUUUUACAGUUAAAUAAAAAUAAACCCAAGUUCGAAAACGUU